UGUCCCCAGCCUGCCGGCACACCGGUACCCAUUCCUGCCCGUCGGGCCUCAAUCCAUAGGCCGACAGCCGCAGGGCGGAUAAAGGAUUUCGGAAAGCGUCAGGUUGCAAUGGCGGAAUCCUGGCCGCAAAGCAACUCACCAACAUGAUUGAUCACCGACACAUCCAUUGCCCUGUGCCCAUUUCCCACCAACGCUUUCUUUCCAACUGUCACCACCAUCCAUGGAGAGUAUUUAUUCUCUACCGAUAACGAAGGGACAGACGCCCGUAUCGCGGCAUGAUGCACUUGCCGCCUACCGCUUCCGCCUUCCCGACGUAUCCCGACAGGUCAUCGGUCAGACGGUGGCCCCUUUCCUCCGAGAACACAUCCAAGGGUUGUAUGCGCCCGUCGGAAAGCCAGAUCCGCUAUCUAUGCGCAAUGUCGAAAACCCCAACAGCAAGUGUUGCUAUCGCCAUCGGCCAGACUCUAAGUGCCGCAGAGCAGCCGACGAGUCCAAGAUGGCGUUGAUCCAGAGUGAACUCGAGAGCCUCCCGGCCGGCGACCGCCAAGCCAUCACCAACGUGUGGUCCUUGUUUUCCGCAGCCCCGACCAAGCACCGCGAGCUCAUGUUGCGGGGUAUCAUUACGCAAUGCUGCUUUCCACAACUAUCGGUCGUAUCGCGAGAAGUGCAAGAGCAGCUAAAGAUCGACUUCCUAUCUGCCCUACCUUCCGAAUUAUCACUAAAGAUAUUAUGUCAUCUCGAUUGCGCUUCUCUUUGCAAGGCCGCCCAAGUGAGCCGACGAUGGAAUACCUUGUCUGGAGAUGACGUGGUCUGGCAUCGAAUGUGCGAACAACAUAUUGGACGCAAGUGUGAGAAGUGUCAAUGGGGUCUGCCUAAACUGGAAAAGAGGCGAUUACAAGAAUGGAAGAUUCAGCGUCAGAUGGACAUGAAUAACACGCGGCGGGCCCUUAUCCCUUCACUAACCCCAGCGGUCAAUAACCAUGGUUUACCAACCUCGGCCCCAGCCAAGCGUGGGGCUGAUUCUGUCAACGCUGACGACCAUCAGGAAAAGAAGGUUCGACUGUGGAAAGAGGUCUAUCGUGACAGGUAUUAUAUUUCCUCGAAUUGGAAGUAUGGCAGAUGUGCCAUCAAAACAUUCACCGGGCAGCAUACCAACGGCGUUACCUGCUUACAAUUCGAUGACAACAUGCUGGCAACCGGCUCGUAUGAUUCCACCAUCAAGCUCUGGAACAUAGAGACUGGCGAGGUUAUACGCACUCUGCGAGGCCACACAAGCGGAAUCCGUGCCCUCCAAUUCGAUGAUAGAAUACUUGUAAGCGGUUCGCUGGACGGUGACCUCCGCGUCUGGAAUUGGCGUACAGGUAGGUGCAUCAACACCUUGCAUCAUCAAGACGGCGUUAUCACAGUGCACAUGGCAGGUGGCCUAGUCGCCUCUGGCUCCAUCGACAAGACUAUAAAAGUCUUUAACUUCGAGACGCAGCAAUCGUUUUGUCUCAGGGGGCAUUUGGACUGGGUCAAUCAAGUCAGGCUGGACCUCGCUUCGAGAACCCUCUUAUCAGCUUCGGAUGAUUGCACCGUUAAGCUGUGGGACCUCGAUUCUCAGACGUGUAUCAAGACCUACGAAGGACAUGCCGGCCAAGUCCAGCAGGUCCUCCUGCUCCCGGAUGACCUCAAGUUCGAGGACGAACACAUGCGCGAGGCCGAUGCUGCCUCUGUAAUUAGCCAGCGCAGUGGCGCUCCUAGCGUUGCCUCCUCAUCUUCGUACCUAGCUGCACAACAUAACGAUACGCGAGCAGCUUACGGCCCGAUAUUCAUCAAUAAUCCUGAACGUCAACUUCCCCCGCGGUAUUUCUUGACGGGAUCGCUGGAUUUGACGAUGCGUCUGUGGGAUUCGGCUUCAGGCCAAAGUCCCCGUUGCUUCUGGGGCCACGUAGAGGGAAUAUGGGGUCUCGCUGGAGACGCGUUGCGAUUUGUGACGGGGGCGAAUGAUGCUACGGUGAAGGUCUGGGACCCGAGGACGGUAAGGUGUGAGCAUACAUUCACAGGCCACAACGGACCCGUGACUUGUGUUGGACUUAGCGACAGUCGAAUGGCAAGUGGAGGUGAAGACGGCGAAGUACGCUUAUACAGCUUCGAGGGCGCGCCAUCAGAAUUCGAGGAAGUAGGUGCUGGAAUAUAAGGUGGGUAAAAUGCUUUAAGUUUAUAAAAGGAUAUUAUAUUAGGAUUACUUCUAUUUAAGAGAAUAAAUUACGUGCGACGAAUAGAGGAAUCACCGAGCGGCAUAACUUAAUAUCGACACGGGAAUUUUAAAGAUAAUGAAAAAUGGAAUAAAAAGAACCCAAAAGGCUGGUCCUACCAUAAUGACAGGAAGGGUGAAGAUGUAAAUAUAAUAUAAUAUAAAAGGAUAAUAAGCGCUGUAAUAGAGUUUUGGUCAAGGAGUUCGUAAUAAUAUGAGCAAAUAUGUUUCCAAUGCGCUUUCGGUUUUUUAGUGACCUACUGUUAAAGCGUCUAAGGACUAUUUAAUAUUGAUAUGCGGAUAGAAUGAAGGAUUUUGUUUUAAACGUUUUAGGAUAUAAAACGCGCAUGCUGCCAACGUAGACCUAUAUUGUUAAGAUUAAACUGAGGCUUAGGAGACCGUCCGAAGUCCUAUCCUAAACACUUUCAUUUUCGGACCGACAGGGUUAUUUGUGCCUAUGUCACCCAGACAAGCAACCAUUUGGAAGUGAUACUGUGUAAUGAUGCAGUGUUGAAUAUAACCUACGGCAACAAUAACAAUGCCGGUAACAAGUUGUUGGUCACUAGUCACUAAUACCGCCGGCUGAAUCGAUUCAAGACAGUAUGGCU